AUGUUGGUAUUUUGUCCAGUAUGUGGGUCGUGUUUGACCGUUGGCACAGGAACAGUCAGCCAGUUCGAAUGCGGUUCAUGUGAAUAUAAAAUUCCGGUGGCGAAUCAUGUAAGUUAAUAUUUCCUUGUUUAUUAUGUGUUUAGGUGUCCAGUAGGUUAUAUCCGAAGAUGAAAGAUUUGGAUGAAGUUUUGGGAGGACCUGGAGCUUGGGAAAACGCUGAAGUUACGGAAGGUAAGGUUUUGGAGAUGUUAUAUUGCUUAUGAUGGGAUUGUGGAUCGAUUUUUGGGAAAAUUUUUGAGGGAACUAGGUUUAGAUGCAAGAUUAUUAUAUCUACUAGCUUUUCCAAAGUAUUCUGGACGUUUUGGUAUAGACAUUAAUAGUUUUCUGUAUAAAAAUAUUAAGUUAUGUUUUAUGAAGAUGUUAGAUUGAUUAUGAUGUUGUUUUCUCAAUUUUUUGGCUUUAUUUCUAAGCUUAGUAAGAUAAGAAAGAGCGCCAGGUUUUUCUUUGGUUUUACACCAAUUUAUAGAAGUAUGGAUCAGUUUUUAAUUAAAAACAUCUAUUUAUAUUAACCAUAAGAACUUUCGGCUAAAAGCUAUGUUUUUUGUCUUUAAAUUAACUUUAUACUUUUUUUAUGAACUAAAAAUGAACUUUGUAGCAACAUUUUGUAUUUUAAACUUAACUUUAUACCAUUUCCAGAACAAUGUCCACGAUGUGCUCACCUAAAAGCCUACUUUAUGCAGAUCCAGACCCGAAGUGCAGACGAACCUUCUACAGUAUUUUAUCGAUGUGCCAAUAAUGAAUGUGCACAUAGGUGGAAAGAAUAA